CCUGUUUCACUCUGCCGGACUUGACAUUAAGCGGAAAACGGGAAGCAGGAACCGAGGGGAGAACUGUCUAUAAUGAGACCGCUGCUGAUGCUCCCUUCGGUCGGCUGCUUGGCGAUAGCUUUCGGCUCAUUUUCCGCCUCUCGAACCAAACUCGUCACACAAACAGCAGUCGGUGCUCAUUUGCUUUAUUUCAGAAAAACGAUGCACUAUCAAACGGAGGAGAGAGGACAGCCCCAUUCGCCUGACUACCGGAUUUAUUUUAAAAACUCUGACGGAAAAUACAUUUCACCAUUCCAUGACAUCUCACUUAAAGCGGAUACAGAACAGGACAAUGACCUGCCAGCUAAAAAGCCCAAGAAGAAUGAGAGUGAGAUGCUCUUCAACAUGGUAGUGGAAGUACCUCGAUGGUCAAAUGCUAAAAUGGAGAUUGCAACUAAGGAACCGCUGAACCCGAUCAAACAAGAUGUAAAGAAAGGAAAGCUCCGGUAUGUUGCCAACAUAUUUCCCCAUAAAGGUUACAUUUGGAAUUAUGGGGCGCUCCCACAGACAUGGGAGGACCCAAACCACACAGACAAAGAGACACAUUGUUGUGGUGAUAAUGAUCCCAUUGACGUUUGUGAGAUCGGCACCCAGGUGUGCUUUCCAGGCCAGGUGAUUCAAGUGAAAGUCCUUGGCAUCUUGGCCAUGAUCGAUGAGGGAGAAAUGGACUGGAAGGUCAUCGCUAUCAAUGCUAAGGACCCAGAUGCCAAAAACCUGAAUAGCAUAGAGGAUGUGCGCAAGAGCCGGCCUGGUCAUUUAGAGGCAACUGUUGACUGGUUUAGGAAAUAUAAGGUGCCUGAUGGAAAGCCCGAGAACCAAUUUGGAUUCAAUGGACAAUUCAAAGACAAGGACUUUGCAGUUAAGAUCAUAAAGUCCACCCAUGAGCACUGGAGGGCACUAGUGCAGAAGCAGACAAAUAGCGGAGGGAUCGAAUGCAAAAACAUCUCCUGCUGCGAGAGCCCUUUCAAAUGCAGUGCAGAUGAGGCCAGAGAUGUGGUGGAAGCGGCCCCUGCAUUCGUCACCGCGCACGCUGUGUCUCCAAAUGUGGACAAGUGGCAUUUUGUCUAAAGCCCUAAAGAUAAUAUGGAAACCAACAAAACCGUUUGAAGCAGCUGCAUCUUUUGAUUUCUUCUGGUAAGGACUCCUCAGCUGUAUAAAGUGGCAUCUAAGUUUAUCAUCCAAUAAUUUGUUAAAAAAAAAAAAGAAAAAAAUGGUAAUAUGCAGUACCUUGAAAAUAUGAGCCAGUGAAGAUCUGUACGAGAUGUGUUUUUUGGUUUCAUGUUGGACAACAUAUUGAUUUAUUAUAAUUAUAAUUUAGAGGGUUUUGUAUGUAACAACAAAAUAAUUUCUUCUUGUUUGGAUAAAUAAAAGAACUAAGGCGUGAA